AUGCCAAAGACCUUUAAAUCAUAAAAUAUUCAUAGUGAUGAUGAUUCACAAAAUUUUAAAAUAAAAAGAUCACUCCAAGGAAGCUAAUAAUUGUAGACAGAUGAGAUUUUAUAUGUAACACCAUUAAAAAAAGAAAUGUAUCCUGAACCUCUUUUUUAAGAUGAAAGAUUAUUUGAUUUUGAAGAGCCCAUUACUAUAAUAUAAGUGAAUCAAUCUAGUAGCUUUGAUAUAACAUUUGAUUUGAGACAUAUUUAUGACUUGUAAGAUAGUUUAGAAUUCAAAUAUAAUAGAGAUUGGGAUAUUGCUAUUGCUGUCAAUAAUACAUUUUAUUUGGAUUCAUGGAGAAAUUAAAUAGAUGAUUAUAUAAUCGUUCUUCCUGAAACAUUCGAAAAUGAUAAUAUUAUUAAGGAAGAUAGCCAUAAGUUUAAUUUAUUUGCAUAUUAUGACUUAAAUGUUAUGGUUUUUAUAAGGAUCUUAAACUCUACUUUCUCAAGCUUUCGAACUUUAUUUUUUUAAACGGUUACUUUUAAUAUUAAAACCCCAUAUAGGUCUAUUUACAAUUAGAAUAAGAUUUUUGCUUUUGUUCUUUAAAACGAAGGAAUAGUUAACUUACCACUUAAUUUACCAAACAUGACUGCUAAUACUUAGAACUAUCCUAAUGUUAUAAUUUCUUAUUCAACGGCUAAUUCCUCGGAUUCUCUUUUCCCAUAAAACAUAACGCAGGAAAGUAUUUACAGUUCAUAUGUAAAUAAUGAUAGAUUUUGGGUAAAUAUGCAGCAGUUAACCAUUCCUUAUAUCCCUUAUUUCUCAAACUGCAAAAAUUAUGGAUAAUUUAUGUAUCUUCAUGAUAUUAUAGAGGAUGGAAGUAUAUGUGAUUUAGUAACUCCAUAAGAAACUAAACCUGUUAAACAAUUAGGAUUUUAAACAGCACCUGUGUCAGAUAAAUGCGAGGUAGAAAUAGAAUGCAUUAUGGAUGAAGCAUUUGUUUCUUCUAACGCAUUACCUAAAUUAUACGAACAGCCAAUUUUAACUAAUUUAUUUUACGUAGUUACUAACCCAAUUGAUCUGAAUGAAGUCACAGAGAAUAAUUUGAUUUUUAAACCUGAGGAAUUAAUUCCAAUUAUUGCUAGUAACUAAAUACCUUAAGGACAUUUACCAACUUCUAUAGAGCUCAAACUGAGCUACUAUUAAGUAGAUAAAUACACGAAAAAGAUUAUAGAAGCAGAAAUAAAAUUUGGAAGCUCUGUAGACAUCACUACAUUACAUAAUUAAGAUCAAUUUUAAUAUAAAUUAAUUUUCAAUUUUCAUUCAAUGAAUCAUGCAGAGUUAGCUAUAACUUUUGCUUUAAAAUGGUCAACUUACUUGGUACUUUCAUCUAUCAUAGGAACCUUCUGUGGCCAUGAAAUAGAUUAAUAUUAAAGAAGAGGCAGACUAGGUGCUUCCCUAGUUAUUAUUGGGUUUUAUCUACUCAUAAGAAUUUCUAUUGUGUUUGUCCCAGAAACAACAGAAGAAAGAGUUUAUCAUUAAAUAAAAAACUAUACUCAAAGACAUUAAAAUAAGUAAUAUAAUUUAUUGACCAUAUUAGAUCAUCUCUCAGAUAGAUUAAAUAUUUUUAUGACUCAGUCUUAUGAUGGAAAUAUAUGGAGAGAAAAAGUAUGGAAAAGGGCUAUUUAUUUGUUUUUGAUUAUGUGGAUAUUAAUAAUAGUUAAUGUGAUUAUCACUCUGUCUUUUUCCCUUUUAUUCGCUACCAACAUUUGGUUUUUUAUUUUCUUGUUUAAAAUCAAUCAAAUUUUUGUUUUAGAGUGCACCAAGAUUUAUGUCGAGAAUGAGCUUUAGUUGGGAACUCUUGCCUGCACUAUGUUGAUGAACAAUUCAAUUUCAGGAUUAGGAGCACCAGAUUUUUUUGAGUACUUAUUUAAUACAUUUGUGAAUCUUGGUAUUUCUACUUAUGAAAAGACUAUUUAAGUCCUACUUGUUGAGUUUUGUUCUUAAAAUACAUUUAAAAUGGUGGCUCGCUUUAAGAAGUGGUUAGAUAAACAAUUUUCACCUUAAGAUGAACAAGAGAGUCUAGAUGAUGACGUUGAGUCAAGCUUGGAAUUAUAAAAUAAUUAAAAAGGUGAAGAUAAUGAAAUAAUCGAAUAAGAUAACCAUAAGAAAGGAAAAGAUUUUUUUGUAAAUAGUGAAAUUAUGUUGACUGAAAAUUACCAAGAGAGUUUUGGAACAAAUGAUGAUAUAAAAAUUUAGUAGGAAAAUAUAACGGAUUUCUAAUAAUAGGUAUUGGAAUAAGAAAAUAUAUAAAGAGAAAAAUAGUACUCCAAAGAAAGUUUGGGAGAUAUGAGUUAAUGUUAAAUGGAUUAAAGCUUUCAAAGCAAAUAUUUAGUUGAUGAAGAUUAGUUUGAGGAUACUUUUUAAAGUGUCUUUGAUAAGAAAUUCAUGAAAGGUUUUAAAAAAUAAAAUAAUAAAAAUCAUUAAGAAGAUUUAGAAAAAGAAAACAAAAAAGAAGAAGAAGAGCUCAGAUUUAAAUAAAAUAAGAUUUUUUCUGAUUUUUGUUAUAAUACAUUCACUGUGUUAGCAACACCAUUUUAGGUAAUAGCUCUAUGGAUAUUUUAUGACUCGAAUAAGAUGUUUGUGAGAUGGGUAAUAUCGAAAGAAGGCUUAGUAUUUUACUACCUUUUCAAUGUUUGGAAUAUCCCUUUUUAAAUCUUUGUUGAUAUACUUCUCCUCAAGUCCGUUGAGCAAAUCCACUAAGUUUCUAUAAAAGAGUACGUUAACUUGUGUAGAGAAAGAUUUAAAAACAGAAAAUUCAAUUGGAAAGCUGAUGAUACUACUGAUGCUUUAAAGUGCUUGGAGCCAACUUUACAAAAAAUUGAUGUCUGGUGUUUUUCUUCCCAGUACUUCUUUUGCUUAAGUGUAUUUGUUUCAGGAAUGAUUUGCGUGUUAUAAGGUGUACAAACUAUCCAGAUAAAUAAAUUUAAUUUAUUUGCAGAUAAAACUUUAGUUUUCCUACUAAUUUUUUGGGUAUUGUUAUGCUUUCUUAUAGAAUAAGUUUGCUACUUUUUUUAUAAUCAUACAUCUUUAUGGAAGAAAGCAAGUAGUGAAAGUAAUUAAGAAGAUGAGAAGGAGAAAAUAAUUUCAAAAGAAAAAAAUGCCACAGAAUUACUUGCAAAAAUAAAUAAUAUAAAUAUAAUAGAAAAUAAAUGUAAUACAUAAUUGUAAGAACUAGAUUUAGAUUGUUCACCUAUUAUUUAGCCUUAAAAUUAUGAUUCUAUUGUACAAAAUAAAGAAUCUAUCAAACAAAAUAGAUUUUUAAAAAAUAUAUCAAAAGCAACUCAUUUCUAAGAUAUUACAAAUGUCAACAUGUUAGGAGUAAGAAAUGAAUUAUUUAACUCAGGUUUUUAGUUGAACUCUUUGAAUGCAUCAAGAUAAUCUUUAUUUUCAAAUAAUUUAUAUCAAUAAAAUAUCAUUGAAAAAAAAUUAACUGAAACCAUUUUGUAAAGAGUCCAAUUUUAAAAUAAUUAAACUUAACAAAACUAAGAAUAGGAGGACUAAAUGCAAAAGAGAAAUCAAGAAUUUAUUUUCAAAGAAUAAGCUAAAUUUAUUAAAAAUAAUUACUACAUUUAACUGUAUUUGAAAGAGGAGAUCUAAAAUGUAGAACAAUAUGAUAUUUCAGUUUAAAAUUUUAUUCAUGAUCAUUUAUCUUGUUAAAAUAAAUUUCAUGCAACCAUUCAAGAAAAAAUAGAAGAAUUCAUUAAAAGAGCAAAAAAUUAGCUGAGUAAUAAGUAAAUAUAAUAACAAUGGCUCUCUUUUAGCUCUAAUUUCUAAAAGGCAUACCAUUAUAAAGAAAAAAAAUAGAAGAUUCUAGAGAAAAAAAUUCGUUUCUUAAAAAAUGAAUACCAAGAUGAAAAGUUUUUAAAAAAAUUUCUUAUCAUAAAUAAGACUUGGCUAAAAAAAAAUAUUAAAAAUAUGGCAUAUGAUAUAAUAAGAGGGCCUUCUUCAUCUACAGAAGAUUAAUCAAGGUUAAGAAAUGAAAUAAUUGAGUAAUUUAAGAUUAUAGGGGGGAAUUUAAAAGAAGCUACAGUUAUAUCUUCUUCAAUAUAGGUCUAGCCUGUCCAAGGAAGAAUUCUUUCUUAAAAAGUGUCUCAAUAAAUAUAAGGCACAUAUAUUCAAGGUAUUAUAAAAUACUGGAAAAUGAGAAGCUAAAUACUUUAAAUCGCUGAGUAGUGUAUAGGAGGUUUUAUGCUAAAAUCUUAAAAUAGUUAUUGUGAAUACUGUUGGAACUAGUGGGGAUUACUUGUUUAGGCAAAAGAAAAUAUUGAAGAUACUUUUAAUUUAUAUUACAAGUAUGAAUGCAGCUUUUUAAAAGCAUAUUUUAACGUAAAAACUUUGUACGAAUAAGACUCUUUAAUUUUAGAUACCAAAGGAUAUGAAAAAGAUUUAAAGAAGAUUAAAAUUUCAAAUAAAAUUUUCUUUUUAAAUACAAAGUUUUUAGAAGAAGAUAUUUACCAUGAAGAUCUUCUUCAAAACUGGGAGAAUUCGAAAGAAGAUAAUUUUAACUCCUUGUAAAAUAAACAAGGUAAAGAAUAUACUUCUGUAUUAAAAGAAAAUUUAAAAGAAAAUCUUCUCAAACAAUUUUAUGUCUAAGAUAUAUCUAGUGAUAUUAGAGUGAAUUAACAUAAGAAAACUUUUAAUAGAAAAAGAUUCAUUGAAAGAUGGCAAGAAUUUUUCUUUUUGAAUACAACAUUUUAGACUAUUUGUCUAAAAUGCAAUGAUAUGGCCUAAGACUAGUUCUUAAAAAAUAUAUAAGAAUAUAAGAGAAAACCUUAGUAGGUACUAAAACAGCAACAAGAUCUCAUUAAAAAGCAGCUGAAGGAUUUGUAUUAGAAAUAAAAUGAUCUCUCUAAAUUAGAUGAAUAAGAUGAAUUUGAUAAUUCAAAUGAAGUCGAAGAAGAGAUUUAAAAAUAAGGAGAUUAGAAUACAUUUUUCUAGACAAAAAGUAUAAAUUAGUAUGCAGAUGUAAUACAUGAAGAAAAUUAAGAAGAGGAUGAAGAAAAGUUAGAAAAGUAAAAGGAAGACAAUGAUGUUACUUAGUUAUAAGAUAUUGAAUAUAGAAAAAUAAACAAAGAAUAAUCAUAAGAGCAAGAGCAAGUAGAAGAAUGUUCAGUUUUUACUAGAAAUACCCCUUUAAAAACCUCAAGUUUUUCAUAACACAGAUAACAAAAAUUAAAUUCAUAAGAUAAUUUAAUAGAUGAUGAAGAUAAUGAGCUCUUACUUGAUAAAUAAAAAUCACCUCUAUAUUCAAAUUCUCCACCUAGUAAAUCUAUCUAUUAACUUGAACUUUAAAAUCAACUUUCAUCAAUAAAUAAUGAAGUUACUUAUGAAAAUGAUUAUCUUACUGAAAAUAUAUCAUAAAGAUUUACUAAAGAUUAAAAAGUAACUGUUUUUUAGGAAGAAUAAGAGAGUAGCAGCGAUUCGAGUGAUUCAAGUGAACUUAGUGAAUAAAUGAACAAAACUGAAUAGUGUAAAAAAUAAACUAUUUUUAAAUCUAAUGAUAUUAGUAUUGAUAAAGACUAAUAAAAAGAUUUUAAUAGUAAAAAAGAAAGUAAAAUUUAUACACAUAACGACUGUGAUGAUAUUAGUAGUGAUAGCAGUUGUAGUAGCAGUAAUAGCAAUAUUGAUCCCUAAAAAAUAAUUCAGCUUACAGAAAAAUCAAGAAAAAGCAAGAAGAGUUUUAAAUCGUAUGAGUCUAAAACUCAUCCUAUAAGCUCUGAAAGUUUUCAUUUAGAACUAAAUAAGUAAGAAAAAAAUUUAUCGAGAAUGAGCUAAGCUGAAAUGAAUCAAUACUUUUUAUACCCUAAUACUGGAAAAAAUGUACAAUUAAGAAAAUUUUCUACUAAUUAAAGCCAUAAAUUGAUAAAUAUACCAACAACAGAAGGCUAAUUUCCUUUUCUAAGUUUAUCAUAAAAGCUAAUACAAGAAAACAAAAAAAUAAAUUUUGAAAGAGACAUUCAAAAUAAUUCUAAAUAUGAAGAAAAUAAAAUUGAUUAAUAGAAUUUAAAUUAAAUAGAUGAGUAAAGCAAUCAAAAUUCUUGA